AUGUCGUUCGUUAGAGAUUUUUUUUUCGGUAGAGGUGAAGAAGAUCCAACUGGAUUAAGUAAAGAAUGCCCAUCACAGGAUAAUGCCCCAGAUCCAUUAGUAGAAGGUAUAUUUUAUCCACGUACUUUAUACAAAUAUAAUGGGCACGAUGAUGAAAAGAUAUUUAUUGCUAUAAGAGGCAGAGUAUACGAUUGUACUACUGGCAGGUCUUUUUAUGGUCCAAGUGGUCCUUAUAACAAUUUUGCUGGUAAAGAUGCAUCUAGAGGGUUGGCUAUGAAUUCCUUUGAUGAAUCAAUGGUUAGAGACUGGGAUGAACCAAUUGAUGAUCUACAAGGAUUAACUGAAAGUCAAGAAGCUGCUUUGAAUCAAUGGUUGGACUUCUUUGAUAAGAAAUAUCCAUGUAUUGGUACUUUAGAACCAGAACCUGGUGUUAAUGAUACUAAUUAG